AUGAAGCUACCCUCUGCUGGUUGGGCAAAGAUUAUCCAAAUCUUCAACAUCACACUCCUAUGGUCGCCGGGCCGAGAUCAUCGAACUCAGACCGUGCUUCAGAAUGAGCCUCAUUACUCUAGUCACCAUGGUCGAGUCGAGCCGACGCACUUUAUUCUUCCGGGCGAGGGCGCCGACGAUGGCAAGCUCUACGCUGCAGAAGACGGAAGUCCAUUGAUACCUACACCGAGGCACCCUCAGGAUGCAGGUGGGCGUUUGGUGUGCGAGUACCCCAAAAUGUCCGACUGGGUCAAUUGCCACGGUCCAAAUAGUCGGGACUGUUGGUUGCAGAAUAAGGCAGAUCCGUCUAAGAAGAUCAAUAUCGACACCGACUAUGAGGAUCCAAACGAGGUCCCGGUUGGGAUUACUAGAAAGUUUAGCUUGGAAGUGAAUGAGCAGCCACUCUCACCCGACGGACAGAUUUUGGAACAUGGAAAGGUGUUCAAUGGCACAUACCCUGAAGUUUGUUGGGGUGACUGGGUCGAGGUUAAUGUUACCAAUAACCUGAAAUGGAACGGUACAUCUGUUCAUUGGCACGGCAUCCGGCAAUUGCACACCAACCAACACGACGGUGUCGCUGGAGUGACCGAAUGUCCGAUAGCACCGGGCGACAGCUAUACAUACAAAUUCCGCGCCCUGCAAUAUGGCUCGGCUUGGUACCACAGCCAUUACUCGCUUCAGUAUGGCGAUGGCUUGUACGGCCCUCUCACAAUCUAUGGUCCAGCAACAUCAAAUUACGGCAGUGACGACACCUUUAGGCCAAUCUUGAUGAACGACUGGAACCAUCGGAGUGGAUUUGAGGAUUGGCCACUAGUGCUCAAAUCCGGAGGACCUCCUGAGAUGACUAACAUCCUCCUGAAUGGUACAGGCCAAUUCGGACCAGGGCAGAAGACGGAGAAUAAGUUCCAGCUCCAAUUCGAAAUGGGAAAGAAAUACCACCUCAUACUUGCAAACACGGCUCUUGAUACUACCUUUGUUUUCUCCAUCGACCAUCACUUGUUAGAAGUUAUCGCGACAGAUUUCGUGCCUAUCAGGCCUUACUUCACCAACAAUCUCAGAAUUGGAAUAAGUCAACGGUAUCAUGUCAUCGUCCAUGGUCCGCCAAACCCAUUCAAUGUCAAAAGGGCAAUCGGUGGCAAUUUUUGGAUGCGUGUCAUACCUGCACGCGAAUGCGCGAAGUUCUCGUAUGGCCCUGAUACUGAGAUGGGUAUCAUUCGGUACCUUCCCCCAAAUCUAAUGCCUCGGUACGCUUCACCCAUAACCGACCCGUACCUUUUCCCCACGACGUGUGCGGAUGAACCGUACGAGAAUCUUGUACCGCAUAUACCUUGGCAAGUUGGAGAUCCGGCGAACAUUGAUCCUACGUGGAAAAAUGCAAAGGAUGCUCCCGUGAACAAGAGAUAUCUAUUUGAGGCAUUCCUUGAAGCAGUAGGUGGGCCGGAAAGCAACACACCUUAUAUCCCAGAUGACAAGGCUCACCUGAGAUGGAAUAUGGACCACGCGCCAAUCUGGCUCAACUACAGCGACCCGACCAUUCUCAAUCUUGACUACACGGACGAAAUGAUGCAGCGUCCACACCUCGAUCUCAACACCCUUGACGAACAGGAGGAAGACAGCUGGAUCUGGAUGGUGAUUGCAGCACCACAGAAACUGAACCCAGUCGAUGGUCAGAAAAAGUUCAUCCCAGCUGCACACCCGAUCCAUCUACAUGGUCAUGAUUUUGGGCUCCUCCUGCAGAGUGAGGACCCAUGGAACAACGACGAAGGCGCAGGAGUGCCUGGCGCGGAGGGCGUGUUGACUCCAGACAAAUUGAAUUGCAAGAACCCAGCCAUCAACUGCAACAACCCUCCCCGUCGAGACUCGGUGUUAUUGCCAGGUGGAGGUUUCGUGAUCAUAGCAUUCAAGGCCGACAAUCCAGGUAAAGUGGCUCCCCACUAA